GCCGCCCAGGCUUACUCACUCCCUGUCUAGUGCCGAGUACGGCCGGAGAGGCUGAGGAUGGCGACCAUGGAGGAGGACCCAGAAGCUUCGUGUAGCAAACUAAGCUCAUCACCAUCAAACACAAGCCUGACUCACCGUUUCCUCGACAAUAAGUUCUAUUUACUAGUAGUUAUUGGGGAAAUUGUUACCGAAGAUCAUCUGAGAUGUGCCAUUUCAGAUAUAGAGCGAGGUAUCCGCUCUUGGGACACAGACUUGAUAGCCUGCAACCUAGAUCAGGAACUCAAACUCUUUGUAUCACGCCAUUCAGCUAGAUUUUCAGCAGAUGUUAGAGGUCAGAAAAUUCUUCACCACAGAAGUGACGUUUUGGAAACCGUUGUCCUGAUCAACCCUUCAGAUGAGGCAGUGAGCACAGAGGUACGUCUCUUGAUCACUGAUGCUGCUCGACAUAAGCUGCUGGUGCUAACUGGGCAGUGUUGUGAAAACACUGGGGAAGUAAUUCUGCAAUCCGGUUCAUUCUCCUUUCAGAACUUCAUUGAAAUUUUCACAGAUCAGGAGAUUGGAGAACUACUGAGCACCACACAUCCAGCCAAUAAAGCCAGCCUCACAUUAUCCUGCCUGGAGGAAGGCGAUUGGAAAAACACAAACCUGGAGAAGCAUAACCUGCAGGACUUCAUCAAUAUAAAACUAAACUCGGUCUCUAUUCUACCAGAAAUGGAAGGACUUUCGGAAUUCACUGAAUAUCUCUCAGAAUCGGUUGAGGUACCAUCGUCCUUUGAUGUACUGGAGCCCCCAGCAUCAGGAGGCUUCCUGAAACUGUCAAAACCUUGCUGCUACAUUUUCCCUGGUGGGAGAGGGGACUCUGCUUUGUUUGCUGUGAAUGGAUUUAAUAUGCUUAUAAAUGGAGGCUCCGAUCGCAAGUCAUGCUUCUGGAAAUUGGUUCGACAUUUGGACAGAGUUGACUCAAUUCUGCUCACCCACAAUGGAGCUGAUAAUCUCCCUGGAGUCAACAGUUUGUUGCAGCGUAAAAUAGCAGAACUAGAAGAGGAACAGUCACAAGGGUCUACUGCUAACAGUGACUGGCUGAAAAACCUGAUCUCACCUGAGCUGGGGGUGGUUUUUCUUAACGUCCCAGAAAAUAUGACAAACUUGCAGCCUAAUUUCCGGGUCAGGAGAAACACGGAGGAAACCUUUCUUACUCUCCAGUACUUAAACAAAUUGUCUAUAAAGCCAGAACCCCUGUACAGGACUGUAGGAAAUGUUAUUGAUCCUGUAAUACUUUUUCAGAAAAUGGGUGUGGGAAGAUUAGAAAUGUACAUUUUAAAUCCUGUGAAAGGAAGCAAAGAGCUACAAUUUUUCAUGCAACAUUGGUCCAGCAACAACAAAGCUAAAACUGGACUAGUGUUACCAAAUGGCAAAGAUGCAGAAAUAUCGUUUCCAUAUUUGACUUCGAUAUCUUCGCUGAUUGUAUGGCAUCCGGCUAAUCCAACUGAAAAAAUAGUCCGUGCCCUGUUCCCAGGAAAUGCUCCACAGUACAAUAUUCUGGAAGGAUUAGAAAAACUCAAAGAUUUAGACUUCCUUAAACACCCAGUGGUAACUCAAAAAGAGCUAUCCAUUAGCUUGGCUAUCCCAAAUGUUAAACAGUCCAAGAUGAAACAGCGGAGUGAUAGCAAGGAGAGUCUGAAAUCUAAUUCUAAGCCAGCUGUUGCUAAAGGAGUCAAGAAAGAAGAAACACCAGACGUGGCAAAACCUACUGCUGUUAGUCAACAAGAGGCUGUGAAAGAGAAACUGCAAAAGUUGGAGAAGAAAGAAAAACCAGUAGUUAAGAAAGAAAAAACCAGAACAGAGUCGCAAUCAAAGCCUGAAGAAAAGGAAACAAAAGCAAAAGAGGAGACAGCUAAACAGGAACUUGAAGAAAAAACACCGAGAGAUGACAAGCUUAAAGCUGAGAACAAACCCAAACCUGUCAGGGAAAAGAUUGUGAAGAAAGAGGUCAAAGCAAAGAAACCAGAAGACAAGAAGAAAGAAGAAAAGGAAGUGAAGAAAGAGAGUGUGAAGCCAGAGGCAAAGGAAGACAAAGCAGUUGCUAAAAAAGAAAAGGUCACGAAGAAAGAAGAGAAACCAAAGAAAGAAGAAAUAAAAAAAGAAGAAAUAAAGAAAGAAGUAAAGAAGGAUGUUAAAAAAGAAGUGAAGAAAAAAGAAACACCAGUGAAAGAAGUAAAAAAAGAGGAAAACAAAGAGAUCAAAAAAAGUGAUAAAGAUGUCAAGAAAGACCUGAAAAAGCCUGCUAAAGAAACUAAAAAACCCGUCGCUGCAACUGAGACCAAAAAAGUACCAACAAAACCCAAAGUGGAAAGGAAAAAUGAGCCAAUAAAGAAGGAAGACACUACAACAAGCAAGCCAAAAGAGAAAGGAAAGCUAAAACCAAGCAAGAAAGAGACCAAAAUUGAAAAUGUUACUGCUGCAGGGGCAGCAGUAACAGCAGUUGCUUUAGUGACUGCAGGCGAACUUGAGACUGAACGGUCACGAAUGUCUUCACCAGAAGAUUUAACUAAAGACUUUGAAGAACUUAAUGAAGAAGAGAAAAGAGAAAUGCAAGGACCUGUAGUCCCAGCAGAAAGUUCAAUAAAUAAUGAAGUGCAAGAAGCUACAUUUGUGAAGAAGACAGGGUUUAUAAUUCAUGGAGACUCUUUGGAGACAGAUGAAUCUCCUGAUGAAGGAAUAACAACCACUGAAGUUGAAGGUGAAUUUGAACCGUCUCCUCAAGAGUACGUUGAAACUCGAAAUAAGGUAACUUUGGACAAAUUUGAGGACGAAGGUGCUGCUUUCGAAGAAUCUUCUGAACCUGGAGACUAUGAAGAAAAGGCUGAGACAGAAGAUGUUGAAGAACUAGCGGAAGAUAUCGUGGAAAAGAUGCUUCCAGGCAAAACGGAACAUGUCUUGACAGGUGCAAAGGUUGAGAGCGAUGACAUUGAAGCAGAAGAAUUAAUUCCAACUGAAGAACCGGCUGGAGAAGGCGAGAUAGAAAAAGAAGAGACAGGAGAAUCUGAAGCUGGGGAUGAUCACAGACAAAGAGAAGGUUUUCCAGUAAAGCCUGAAGAAGAGGCAGAGGAAGAAGAGGUUGGAGUUGAUCUUAGCAAAGAAGCUAAGAUUUAUGCCCAGAAAGAGUUAGGUGAGACUGAAACCACAGAAAUAAAAGCUCCAUCCCCUGAUGCAACUUUGGAUAAAAUCUCUGCCCUCCAUUCUUCAACUGUUGAUCAGUCAAUGUUGAUUCGUAAUGAGACAAUACCGACGGAUUUUGAAAGUGAAAUAACAGUUUCUGAUGAAGAAACCCAUGAAGAGCCACCAGAAGAAUUUACAGCUACAUCAGGUUUUACUCAAUCUACAAUUGAAAUUUCAAGUGAACCUACCCCAAUGGAUGGUAUGUCCACACCAAGAGACAUUAUGAGUGAUGAGACCAAUAAUGAAGAAACGGAGUCGCCUACUCAGGAGUUUGAAAGCAUGACAAAGUUUGAAACUACUGUCAUUUCUCAAGGUCGUGAGGGAGCCAAGCUUUCUCCAGUUCCUGAUACUUACAAUGGACUCUCAAUAGAAACUUCCAAAACAGAAGUUACACAAGGUGAUGAUUAUCCAGCAUCAGCCUCAACAAUAUCUCCCUCAUCUUCUCUUGAAGAAGACAAGUGCUUUAAAUGUCCAUCAGUCUAUGUUCCUAAAUCUGAUGACUUUGAAAAACUGGAAGAUCUAGAGACUGAAAAACAAAUAAAAGAUCUUGAAGCCAAAUUAAGCCCGGUGAGGAGUCCAGUUGGUUCUUCGCCACAGUCUAGGACACCUUUGAGUGACCAUAAUGUCAACUUUGAUUUGACUCCAUCAGAUAUCAAGGCAACCACAGAUCUUACCACCUCUGACCAUGAAACUCCAGAUGAUCAUUGUGCUAGUCCUGAAGAAAAAACACUAGAGAUGGCAUCUCCCGCACAGUCUAGUUCCCCUAGUGCUGGUCACACACCAUUUUAUCAGUCUCCAGUAGAUGACAAAGAUAGUAAAGUUGCAACAGAAUUAACAGGAAAAUUGCCAGCCCCAAUUAUUAUUGAGACUGAUGACAUGAAAGCUGAUGAGACCAGUCCAAGAUAUAGCCCCAUGGAUGAGCCUGUACCUGAUUCAGAAUCACCUGUAGAAAAGGUUCUGUCUCCAUUACGAAGUCCACCGAUGUUGGGUUCCAGUUCUCCGGUUGAUAGCUCUCCUAAUGAUGGAGAAGAAUUUCCAGUACAGUUUCUUGAAGGUGCAAUGGAACUUUCAAGUGAUAAGCUUAAACUUCUUUCUUCACCCCAUCUUUAUCAAUUUAAUGACUUUUCAUCCAGCCCUGUUGUGCCUGAAAAACAACGUGCAGCAGAUUUUGAGUUGUUGACUCCCAGAGAAAGUUUCAGCCAAGAAUGCAAAGUGGAAGAAAUUGCUACUGCAACCUUCCCAUCACUCGGUCCCUUUGAAGCUCAUAAAACUGCAGCUGAACUGUCCCCAACUCUGGUAGAUCUCAGCCAAAUUGGUUCCAUUAAAGAAGAUAGCAAAAUGUCUAUUUCUGAAGGAACCACUUCAGACAAAUCAGCUACUCCUGUUGAUGAGGUAGUGGCAGAAGAUACUUAUUCCCAUAUCGAAGGUGUGGCUUCAGCUUCAACAGCAUCUCUCGCUACAAGUUCCUUUCCAGAACCUACAGCAGAUGAUGUAUCUCCGUCAUUGCAUGCAGAAGUCGGGUCUCCUCAUUCAACUGAAGUCGAUGAAUCUCUCUCAGUAUCUGUUGUCCAAACACCUACAACUUUCCAAGAAGCUGAAGUUUCACCUUCUAAAGAAGAUUGCCCAAGGCCCAUGUCGAUUUCUCCUCCAGAGGUGUCUCCAAAAACUGCAAAAUCCAGAACUCCUGUACAGGAAGUGAGGUCACCCGAGCAUUCAACAAUGUCGGUAGAGUUUAGUCAGGAGUCACCGGAACAGUCUUUGGCUUUAGACUUCAGUAGACAGUCUCCUGAGCAGCCUGCAUUUAACGCCAGCUUCCAGCACAUAUCUGAAAAUGGACCCACUGAAGUAGAUUACAGCCCAUCAGAUAUGCAUGAGCCUGGAUUUAUCCAGCAUGCUUUGCCAACGCUUGACAGAUCAUUCUACGGCCAAGAACGGGAUCAUUUGCAAUUUGGUUCUACCCCACCAACUGAGGCUUCUCCAUCAUCCUCAUCUGCUCGUACACCGCAAACCAGUUCUCCAUUGCAAGAGGAAUAUGGUGUUUGUACUUCAGCCCUCUCUGACAAACCAGUUAAUGUUGGAGUGCCAUUGGUUUCGGAAAGGAUAUCAUCUGCCCAUUCACCACAAGGAAGUUCUCCACUGGAAGAACAGGAAGAGCUACAAAUGUUUGAUCUUUCACAACCUUUUGCACAUGCAAAAGAAGUAUCUCAUUUGCACAUGUCUGACUCAUCAGGCCCAUGUCUACUGCAGGAGAAAACUCCAGUAGGAUCAUCAAUGAUAUCGCCUUCUGAGCAGGUAUCUGCUGUUUAUGCAUCACACUCAUUACAAGAACCUGCCCUGUCUCAAAGCAAAAUUCCAGUAAUGCAGUCAGACAUGGAAGAAAUGGAGACAUUCAGCAGCAAACAAGGUAAAGCCAAAGAAAUACAUGAGCUUGAAGAUGGCCAUUUUGCAUCCAGAUCAGUGCGUCCAGCAGAGGCUCAACCUGCUGCUGAUACAUGUUUUAAGACCCCAACUUCAUUCCGGCUCAACAUGGCAGAUCUUUCCCCAUCUUUCAUUAACCCAAGCCCAUUAGAAUUCUUUGAGCAAGAUGAAAUCGCAGAAGAUCUUGAGAGACCACUUACGCAAGGUGGAGGAGGCCAGCCUCCAUCUGGUGGAAAGCAGCAGGCCCGGCAAUGCGAUGAUACCCCGGGAACAUCCGUCAGUGAGUCUGCUCCAUCACAGACUGAUUCUGACUUCCCACCUGGAACAGAGGAAUGCCCUUCCAUCACUGCAGACGCCGCCUUGGACUCUGAAGAUGAGUCUGAAACUCUCCCUACAGACAGAACACUAGUACACAGACAAAUGGACCCCCCACCUGUUCCACUGAUGGAUCCUAGUCCACCUCCACCACAUCCAGAUGUUUGCAUGGUCGAACCUGAGGCAUUGCCGACUGAUCAGAGCUUGGCAAAGGCAGAUAAGCCAUUGAAGAAAGAGGUUAAAGAGAGAACAAAGACCAAAAAGCAGGCCACAAAGACAAAGUCUUCCUCUCCUUCUAGAAAAGCUGAUAGCAAACCAAAGCAUUCCAGUGCUCCUUCCAGAACCAACCCACUAGCAUCUGCUAAGGAAUCAGCUGAUAAAACAGCAAAAACAGCUUCUCCUAAGAAGAAGGAUUCAGUGGAGAAUGGAGCCAAGACUAACACUAAUCCAGAAAUAAAGAGCUCCCGAGGUGAUGACAAGGAAGUAAAAAAUGCAACUAACACCACGAAUUUAAAAUCUGCACAUACAACUAAAAAUCCAGCUUCCAGCAGCAAUAAGGCAGCAAGCAUGCCGUCAGUGCCCCCAGGACCUCCCGUGUACCUUGACCUGGUAUACAUUCCAAAUCACUGCAGUGCCAAGACUGUGGACGCAGAGUUUUUCAAGCGAGUGAGAUCUUCCUACUAUGUAGUGAGUGGAAAUGACCAUGCAGCUGAUGAACCGAGCAGGGCUGUGCUGGAUGCACUCCUGGAGGGCAAGUCUCAGUGGGGUAGUAAUAUGCAGGUUACUCUAAUCCCAACCCAUGACUCUGAAGUCAUGCGGGAAUGGUACCAGCAAACUCAUGAGAAGCAACAGGACCUGAACAUCAUGGUACUAGCGAGUAGCAGCACUGUUGUCAUGCAAGAUGAAUCGUUCCCUGCGUGCAAGAUCGAAUUGUAACUGGGAGUCCCAUAAAACCAGAACAUUCAACCAGUUGUCUAAGGGGAAGCACUCAAAUGGAAAUUUUUUAAAAAAUAAUGAGGGAAAGCAGAUAUAGAUGAGUGUCUGCUGAAUAUUGUACGAUAGAUUUGUUAUACAGGUCACUAGCGUGUAACACUUUCCAGACUAUUUAGUUCCGAUGCUAAGGCAAAACUUUCGUAUUCCUAAAAAGUAACAACAGGGUUUAAAAUACUUGAAUCAGCCAAGCUCUGUAUGUAUUACAUGUGUGCUGAGGUUGAUCCUGGUUCAGGAUUUUUAUGUUUUGAAGAAACUGAUUUAGUGAGAAAAAGUCCCAUGAUUCUUACCUGUGGGAACAGAACUUUUACACAAAAAUAAACCACCACAACUAUAGUUGAAACGUGUGAAAUUUAGCUUUUUAAUGAAUACAAUGCUGUGCAAAGGCUGUACACAACUCCAUGUGGUAAUGCAACAUGUGCUAAACUCACGUAUUUUGAACCCUAUUCACGUAACCAGCCCAUCCACCCACCGUAAAUUAAUAUGCAGAUAUUUAACUAAGGCAUGUUCCCUGUGUACCAGCUUCUUGACAGAUGUAAUUCUGCAUAUGACCAUGGCAUAUUGCCAUUGAGCCUUGAUAAAACUGCAUGCUUAUAAAAACAGCUAAUAUACUUAAGCAGAAACCAAAGGAGUUGGGAGUACACAUACUAGUCAUUUUGCCUUAGACAGUGACUUGAAUGUAUUGUGAUCUUGGUUGCACUUUUUUUAAACAAUGAGGCAGACAACAGAUCAGCAGUGAAGAUCAGUAUGGGACAGUAGUUUAGGUAAUGCUGUGAGGUAUGUGGGUGUGAAUGUGUUUGUAUGUGUAUAUGACCCUACAAUUUCCUUAAGACCAGUCAUUGCAUAUGUUCAAAUGUGACGUAUGCUUUCUUUUACAUUUUUUUUAAGCAAGCACAGGUUCAGGUGGAAUUGGAUUAUUGGAGAAGAAUCAUUCCAAAUAUGCAGAAAGUUUUCUUUUUAAGUUACAUAACGUAUUAUUGAUAAAUAGCCUCCGUUCUUGUUGCACGAGUUAAUUCUUUUUUAACCAAAAACAUCAGUUGAGGUUUAAUAGGUGGAUGCAUUAUGUUGAUUUGGGCAGAAAGUGUGGACUUGUAACUAGCUAAACCAUUGGUCAUUUAUAAUUCUAAAAAUCACCUUAUAGAAAGCCUUAUAAUUUAAUAUUACACCUAAGUUUGACACGGUCUGAUAAUGUGCAGUCGCUAGUGUAAUAUUGUUAAUGUUGUACAGCCCAAAGUUGAAUUGUCUAUUUUAAUUUCUAUUUGGAAGAAAUCCAACAGUGGAAGAGCAUUUUGCCACAACUUCUUCAAUUUUUUGUACCUGCACAGCAUUUGUAAUUGUAAAACUUUGUUUCACCUGGAAACUCAUACACAAGACAUAAUUGUACGGGUGUAAGUCUAAGUAUGCCAGACUGUGCAAUGAACAGAAUUGAACUUUUUGUCAUAUGAAGGGUUUAGAAAGGUUGAAUGCAUUUCCUCAUGUCUGUGCUUGACUUGGGUAAAACUGAAUUUGAACGGUGAGGGAGUAUAGUGUGAAAACCUGGGAGGAACUAAAAAAAAAACAUUUUAUAUUGGUUAAAAAAAGUGCUGCUUGUUUUGGAGCAAGUAGGCAAUUUCAAAGUUUAUCAUGUUUUGAAUUUCCAGUUAAAGAUAUUGCUAUUGGAAGUGUCAGAAUUUUUGGACAUUAACUUCCGGUUAGAUCAUCUAUCAGCUAGCAGUUCAGCAUCCACUGAACAGUGUAAUUAGAAUCUACAUUUGCCAUUUAGAUAUCAAGACAAUUGCAAAUACACUCUGUAAAGUCUAGUCAUGUUUUGUUUCUACUUUCUUCGAAAAACUAGCAAGGAUGCUUGUACAUUUUUGAAAGUGAUAUUUUUGAGUUGACAAUGCACUUACUGUAUAUUUUAGUAAAUAUUUUUUGUUUGUUGCAACAGGGAAUAUUCAACUUAGGAGAAACAUAGGUUAAUAAAUGGUCAAUCAAUGCUUACAGGUUCAAACAAGUCAUACUGGGAUCCAGAAUUAGUUAUAUUAAUCCAAUAAAUAGUGGUGCAGUAUAAAGCUCAAUGCCACAUAUAAUGUGAACAUGAGAUGUUAAUGAUAAUCUGAAGCCCAUUAUUUUCUUGUGGUUUAGAUUCAGUCAGAUAUGCUUGCUAUUCCAUGAUUUACAGUUUCCCAGUUAAAAAUCUGAAUAUAUGAGAGCAUGAUACUGUCUAUAACUUUGUGAAAAGGGCAUACUUUUCUUUUAUGCCACUAUAAUAGCAGUUUCUUUGAAACAUUUGCAGGUAUCCACCUCCAGCCAAAAGUCUCUUUGGAUUGUGGUAUUGUCUGUUAUUCUAAUUUGAAUUCUGUAUCGAAAUUUAUAAUUGGCGUUUAAAUAUUAUAACCCCCUAACUACUUUGUGUAAAGCAAGGAUACCGUGUAGCUAGUGUGUUUACCUUCCAUACAAAUUCGACUUAAAACAUGGAUCAUUACUUUUAAUUGCCUUUUCCACCUGACACUGAUUCACCGAAAAAGAAAUGCAUGAGGACAGUGAAGGCUUACUCACCUUUUCAUAAACUCUUCAUAUCUGAUUUAACUUUCUCCUCCAUUGUUGUCAAAAAUAUCCACUGUUGGAUCUAACUAGUGAGCCUUAGUCUGGAAUUAGAUGACCCUUGACCCCACUGGUUGUAACCUUGUCAGACAUAAAAUUUAAAUAGCUGCUUCCCCACAGAUAUGACCUCAUUUUUGUACAGUACAUUUUUUUAAAAGGAAAAAAAAAGCUGAUUGUUUUAUUUUUAAAUACUUUAUGUGAACAAAAGUGUGAUGCAAAGUUGUUUUAUCAGAAAAUGAAAGCACCAUUAUGUUUGCACUGUUUUUGUACACAGCUUUCCUAAUGUGGGCAGGCUUCAUUAGAGUCAAAUUUUAUCAUGUGGCUUCAGACACUGAAACUUAUGCAAUAUUACAUUGUAUUAUAAACUUCUGUUAUUGUGGUAUUUUAUUUGAAGAUAUUUUUCCAAGUAGGUUAUUUAAGAAGGAUUACUGAAGCACAUGGUUUUAAAUUAUUUGUUUCUGCUAUUUGAAAACAAAACACCAUUUUUAAUUUUUAGCUUCUGCAGUUAACACGAAAACUCGAAGAAAGUUUUAGAUACUCUAAAAGUGUUUGUUUUGUAUCAGUAUCGUUAAAUGCCAGCUAAGUUAAAUUCCUUUGAAAGGACGCAGUUACCUUUGGUAUCCUAGUUAUAAUUGUGGAGAAGUUUAAAAAGUCAGUCACCAUGCAUUUUACAUUUGACUUGUUUGAGCUGCUCAAAGCUGCUGCUGCCUGAGUCUGCUUUUGCCAUGCCAUGGUCCUCUGACAUACUGUGCUACACUGUGAGAAACUCAACUCCACAUUCUAGACUCCUUGUUAGUCACGCUGUCAGGACAAGGGGCAAUGGAAGCCUUCAAUGUUUCCUUCAAAAACAGGAGUUUUAAACAAAUCAAUCCUCAUAUGCUAUUCUUAUAUAUUUUCUACCAAUUGGCUCAAGAACAGUGCAGCGUAGGCUGGGAGCUGGUAGGAGGUAGGAGACAUUUUAUGGAACCCAAAUGUGACAUCAGGCCACCCACCUUCUCUUUGUGCUCAUUGCAUUUUUGACUAACAUAACUUCUCAAAUACAAACAUUUAAAAUAUUCAAGCAAAUUAUUGAAAUGGGUUCUUCAUACAGGGGACCAUUCUUGGCACAGCUUUGAGAACAGACAUGAAAAAUGUGACAGCCUUGGUCUUUUGACUCCAAAUUCUUAGUACAAGAUAAUGUUAUUAGUAUUAAUUUAUUUUGAACACAGCAGUUUUGAAGAUUUAGUUCCAUUACAGUCCAUAGCUUUUUGAUUGUACAAAAUUAUAAACUGUGAGAUCAGAGUUACCGAGUUUCUUUUUUAAAUUAAACUCUUUUCAAGUUGGAUAGCUCUUUGAAAGGCUAGCAAGGCAUGAUGGGCAGAAGGGCCUGCUUCUGUGCUGUAUGUUUCUCACCUAGAACCAAGGGUUAAAUUUAAAGAUUUUGUAAUAUAAACUAUUCUAAUUUUUUUUAAAGGCGCUUGUUAUGACUGUUUCAGAUGAAUUGCCCUUUCCUACAAUUCUUUGGAAACAUUACAAAUCCUCAAGGUAGAUAGAUGUGUUAUCAUGUGUUAGGAGCAUUAAAAGCAUUGAGAGAAUGUGCAUGUGGCAUGCUGUUUUAUUGACAUCCCUGUAUAAAAUGUUUUUGGAGACUUGCUUAAAGUUCCUUUGAAUGCAUCUUUACACUUUCUCAAAUGGUACUGAUUCAGAGUUGCGUACAUAUUUGCCCAGAGCAAGGUGCCGAAAUGCACAGGGCAGUACAUGGAUUUUACUGAUGGUACACAUUUUCAUAGGGGCUGCAUUUCAUCAAAUGUAUUGUUGUAGUUUUAAAGCUGAACUUCCCACAGGUCCCUUCCCCCAGCUCUACCCUUUCAUUUAUUUCUUUUGAAAAGCAGUAGAAUGUUCCGUAUGAGUCACUUUUUUCAGUGUAGAGAUGAAAAAUCAAAACCUGGCUUUCAGAAAAAAGAUUCAAAGCAUGAAAUUAAGAUUAUGACAACAAGUAUGGAAAUAUGGAAAAGUGGGGUGGUAAAGCUCUGACAGUCAGUGUGCAUUUUGUAAGAAAAAAGACAGCAAGUUGCAUUUAAUUAUUGCAUCCUUUUUUUUCGCUGUUUCAUGUUUGUAUUUCAUGCAGAUAUUAAGAUCAUGUUACUGAGUUGGAAAAUUCAUUGUUGUGUAAUUGUGAGAUUGCACUAUGGUAAUAAAUGUCAAUAUUAAAAGGAGCUUGGUAAGAAGUCAAACUUUUGUGCCCUGGAAGCAUGGAACCUUCAUGGUAGACUUUAUGAAAUUAGUUUUACCUGAAUUUAACAAUUCAUUGUAUUUUUUUUUGCUGUGAUAUUGUUUAAAAGCCUUCAAACUCACAAUGUCAGUAAGGUGAAAAUGAUUGCGUACUUCUUUCUGAUGGUUCCUACAGACUUUGAGGAUCAAGGAGCUAGCUGUGAUGAGUUGCCAUAAUAAAGUGGGUUUGAACAUGUUACAUUCCAACAACCAAUCAUUUUUUUGAAAUAGACAAUCUGCUGAUAUCCUGCCGUGGUUAAUUUUCUUCCAGAUUUAUAUACUGUAUCCAAACUAACAUACUAGGCUCUGAUGAAACAUUUGUUCAUAAUCCACUUGCAUGUUUAAAGUUUGCAAUGCCGCUCAUUUCCACCUUACUACAAAAAGGUGCCCGUUAAUGGUAUUUGUGGAUCAAACGGGUAUAUGUUAUGAAAUUUGUUUUAAUUAUAAGAACAAUUAUGUACAUUAAAAUUGUGAUAGUAAAUAUGGCGAGGGAAUUGCUCACUUUUAGACAUCAGAAUGAAUGCGUGUUUGAACGUUUGAGUGUAUUUUUAAAAUGAAUCUCAUUAUAAAUGUUGAAUUUUGUGUGUGAGGCGCCACAUUUGUAGCAGUGACCAUGAUGAUAUGUCAGUUGAUUUACUAAGUGAUACUGUUUAUGGGAUGUUUGUGACAUUACAAAGUAAUAGUGACCAAAAACUGUUCAUGUCUAAUGCCCGGGUAAGUGACUGCAACCAAUCCUGUGACUGCCAGCAAUCUUGUGACUGUCCAGAUUUACUCUCAUCCUUAAUUUACAGAUGUUCCGCUGAUGACUUGUAAAAAUGAAUAGACUGCGAACAUAAAAUAUCUGCUUAAACACUUGCAUGCAGUUUUAUCUUCCAAAUAUGGAAAGCACCAGCCUCACAGCUGGCUGAGCAGCAACUCACAAUCCUCCCAUUAUCUGAAUAAUGUUUUAUGUGUCAAACUGCAGCUGUGUAUGGUAUUUAUGUCUUAUAAUCCUGCAAAAUUCUAACCAGUCAUAUCUAAUGUAGAACUUAGUUUUCAGUGAAAGUAUUAUGUAGUGCUUUUCAGAUAUUGUGUGCAAUAUCCCCUGCCACUGGAGUAUUUGAUGUAAAGGGAACAAUUAAAUUAAAACCCAUAAUAAAAUUAAAUUCGACAA